AUGAGUAUCCUUGUACAAGAGUUUCGUGGUCUCGAUUCCGGAGCUGCGAAACUUCGUCGUCGUCAAGCCACUUCUGUCCUCGAAGGACCUUCUUCAAAACGUCGUCGUCCUACCUCACGUCGUGAAGCCAAGACCGUGGACCUUGUGUCCGAAACCGAAUCCAUUAAGGAUGGUCCAUCCAAAUUCCUUCAUCCGCCGACCCCAGUUCGUGCCGUUUUGUCUCGGGUUCAAAACAAAAUUGGAAACAUUCACGCUUCGAUCAGCCAUCUUACCACUCGUCUGACGAGUGAGAUGAAAGAUCUUCAAGGCACCGCAGAAACUGGUUUCGCCAAUGUUACGUCUUCUAUCGAUAAUUUAACUGAUGCUGUUACCUCCGGUUUCCGUGAUGUCGUGCGAGAGCUCUGUGCCCUUUGUUGUUUUUCUGAUGUUGCCCCAGGUGUUUCGUCUAUGUCUGCUGCUGCGCCAUCUGUCAUGGUGCCUUCUGUGGUCGUGCCGCAUGUUCCUGCGGCCCCUGAGCGUCAUUCAACUUUGGCUGGCUCGCCUCCCUCGCGGCCGCGCUUGGGGCGUCCUCGUGGUACACCCUAUCGUCGUUAG